AACCUUAAUAUUACAUACUGAUACGGUUUAUUAUUUACUCCCGAUUUAGCCUAGUUAUUAAUUAAUUUAUUUUCCCAGUUAUGGGAGUUAAUCUAGGAGUGAGAAUGUGUAAUGCUUGAGUACGUGAUGUGACUCGACUAAAAUCAUGGAGCACAGCAUAAAAUGAACAUUAUUUGGAACAGGUUUAACACUGAUUAUUUUUAAUUUCUGGGAUGAAAAACUAUCCAUUUAUAACAACAACAACAACAACAACAAAUGUAAAAACAGGAGUAAACUUCUUGCAGUGUCUCUGUUGUAAAAAUCCUUGUAUAAAGACAAAAGUGUAUGUGUCUAGCAAUCAGGUCCAUUUUUUUUAAAACAUGGAAAUAUAUUGAACACUCUGCAUGUCCAUUGACUUAUAAACUUACAUGUUAACUGUAUUUCACAUAUAAAUGCAAAACUGUAACCAGGGUAACACUAUGUUUUUGUUUGUUUUUAAGAAUUUGGUGAGCCAUGGAGGAUAAUGCGUUGGGGGUGCAAAUGCUUCUUGGAGGAAAAACUGAGGAACUUUAAGCUCUGCAGUUCUGACGUAAAGUUUGUCAGGAUUCUGGUUGUUGGUGAAGUUGGAGCAGGAAUGUCCAGCUUCAUUAAUGCAGUAAAUAACGCUUUCCAAGAGCGGAUCACCAGUGGUGCUCUUGUUGAUGGAAGAUCUGGAACCAGUUGCACAACAAUUUACAAAACCCAUCAUAUCAAGGGGAAGGACGGCUCCCGUUUACCUUUUGUGUUCAGUGACGUCAUGGGACUUGAAUCUGCCGAUGGACAAGGCGUACAUGUACAGGACAUCAUCACAGCCUUAAAGGGGUUUCUUGAGGAAGGAUAUAAAUUUAAUCCUGUUACUCCCGCGUCUCAGAAGGACUACAACAAAAACCCCAAAACUUCUGAUAAACCCUUCUGCCUGGUCAAUGUUAUAGCUGCAAGCACAGUGUCACUCAUGGAACAAAAUCUUAUUGAAAAGAUGAACCUGAUCCGUGGGGUGGCUAUAGAGUAUAAUUUGCCUCAAGUUAUCAUCAUGACAAAAGUGGAUGAAGUCUGCCCUCUGGUUAAACAGGACCUAAGAAAGGUCUACACCAGCAAGAAGAUCAAAGAAAAGGUAAUUGUUUAAUAAAAUGGUGUAUAUUAGGAUUGUAACUGAUUACAAUAUUGGGAUUGAACAGAUAUGUUCUCAAUGAAUGUAAAUACUGACAUGAACAGAAGGCACUUCUAUUUAUUUGGCUCUUUUUUAAUCAAAUAGUGUUCAAUAUCACUAUAUAAGAAUAUUUACUUUCACACAGCACAAAGUAAAAGUAAAUCUUCCUGGAAGUCAUAAAGGCAUUAAAAUGAAAUGGAUCCCAGAUUGAUCUCACAGCAGCACUGUUUCUCCACUUCACAGUAGGUUCUGAUAACGAGUCUAGUGAACUUCUGGAAAGUAACAAACCCCCAAAACUGAAGUAAAUCUAAUUAUUAAAUAUUAUUAGAUGUUG